GUUGAUGAAGGCAACCCUGAAUAAUCGAUAUUGGUCACUCUUUGUUCUAUGUUUUUGUUAUCCCUAACUCAUGUAUUAGUUAUUAUUAGUUUGUCUAUUCCGUAUUUCUGGCCGGCUAUUAACAGUAAAUUCUAUCUAAGAAAUUUAAUAUAAAUUGGCUCUUCCAUUUGUCAAAAGCUAAUAUUGUUCUGUCCGCAGCUUAGAAGAAAGCCGAAAGCGAAGAAUAAACCAUGCCACGUCUUCUAUAGUGAAGUUUGCGUUUCAUUCUUUAAGCUAUUUAUGCGAACGGACAACUUUAUUCUUCGCUUCAUUUGCAGCAGAUUGCCCCUUUUGCUCGUCACCGUUUUUUGGAUCUUGUUUUUCUCGUCGCAUUGCCUGUGAUUUUUUGGAGUCGAAUUGCCUAAAAUUUCUGCAUAUACCGGCAGAAGUAAGUUUGUAUAUGCCUUUAUUCUCGGUUUACGCCAGAAACGCGAAGGAGCACGCGAGAGAACAAGGGAAUCCCGCCGCAACGGUACGCAAUGCCAGAUUCGCCGCAUGCAGCAAAUGCCCCUAAGCAGCCUCAACCCCCUACUGGAAGGAGUCAAACUGAAAAUUUGCCACAGCAGUCUGACUCUGCUAGAAAUUUGAAGGAAAUGCAAAGGGAAUUCCAGAGACAAAUAGCCGCUCUGCAAAAUCUAAUCGUCAGCCAGAAUGAGCAAAAUAAGUCCAGCGUUAACGCCCUGCGCAACGAAGUUCAGGCCAUUGCCAGAACGGUUGCUACCAACGGAAAUAAUGAGUCUUCCACAAACCUUAUGCCCCCAAACGACACAAAUGCCCAACGUCAAGCAAGUCCCGCGCAACCAAAUGGCGCGAACGCCCAAGCACAUCCUGCUGCUACACUUGGUGAGUCUUUUUCUACCCCCCACAGCUGCGCACCAGCCAAAGCAAAAAAAUCUAUCCCUUACCGAAAUUCGGAGGUCAGCCAGAAGAAUGGCAAGCAUUUAUUGAAGAUUUCAGAAGCACCACCCUCGAAUUGGAGUACAGCGAUAUACAUAACAUAAUGCGGAUUAGAGAAGCAUUGCAUGGAAGCAUUGCUAGAGAUACAGUGGAGUCGUUACUAACAUCCUCGAAAAGUGUAAGCGCUAUAAUUGAAGUUCUGUCGGAAACUUACGGACGUCCGGAGUUGCUAAUAAAAAGCCGAAUUGAAAAGGUUAGGUUAAUUUCUAACGUGCCGGAAGGAAAGCUCGAGCCGUUAAUAAAUUUCGCGAUUAAAGUCAAUAAUAUGUCGACAUUUUUGAAAUCCGUGCAAGGAGAUCACCAUCUAGCCAACCCGUCUUUAUUGAGCGAGUUAGUAACAAAGCUACCUACCUCUAAGCAAAUGCAGUGGGCGGAGAAAUGUCUUUCGUUGGAUGCCCGAAUGUAGAAGACUUCAGUAAGUGGUUGAACGCUUUGCGAAAACUUGCGAAUAUGGUAACCGGCAGUUUACCGUCUGCGACGGCUGCUGGUAGCCGCCGUACUCAAGACGUUGCGCCACAUCCUCAUCCACCGAAAGCUAAUAAGUAUUCUUUUUUAAGCGUUGCUCAAAGCAAUUGUAGUGUUUGUCAGGGUGAAUGCGCAGCACUUAACGCGUGCCCGCAGUUUAUUUGUCUGGGCGUCGAUGACCGAUGGAAAAAAGUGAAAGAACAAGACGUUGCGCCACAUCCUCAUCCACCGAAAGCUAAUAAGUAUUCUUUUUUAAGCGUUGCUCAAAGCAAUUGUAGUGUUUGUCAGGGUGAAUGCGCAGCACUUAACGCGUGCCCACAGUUUAUUUGUCUGGGCGUCGAUGACCGAUGGAAAAAAGUGAAAGAACUACGAAUUUGCUUUUCAUGCCUUAAGCCAAAUCAGUUAUGUAAAAAGACGUUGUGGGAUAAACGAUUGCGCGCGUUUACAUAAUCGUCUACUACAUCCUAACGAAAUCCGCCAUAAUGGUCAGUCGAACUUGCAGCAAUCAGCGGAGACAACAGUUGCCAGUCUGAUCGACCGUAGAAAUUGUCAUGCUGAUACAAAAAACGAUGGAGUACUCUUUCAAAUCAUCCCAGUCAAGCUCUACCAUGACAACAAAGUCUCAAUUUAUGCUAUGGUCCACGACGGGGCGGAUGGUACUAUGUUUGAUUGGAAUAUAGCAAAUGAACUUGGUCUUAAGCGCUCCAAAGACUCGGAGUCUCAUCCCAUGAGUCGACAGAAGUUGUGCAAUUAACCAUAACUGGCACUGAAGCUGAAAGCCAACGGUAUUUGAUGUCUAAAGUAUUUUUAUCGAACAAGCUAGCUUUGCCGAUACCAAGUUCUUUAAAAGAAACAAAUACAAAUACAAAUAUAAAAAUGUACAUCCGAAAAUGAUAAUAAGUCUUUUGAUUGCAUAUUUAACUACU